CAGUAACGGCAUGGGCAAGAAGUGAUAACUUUGUGUUUACAUCGCGCCCUCAAAAGAUAGGUUGCUAUAUACUGAAGGUAUGUAAGAUGGGUAGUUGCAGCAUAAGAAAUAGGAGAGAACUCGCUGCACAAGUAUGUAAAUAAAUAAUGAUCUAGAGAAACCGAACUCAAGAAAACAGUUUAAAUGAGAGGCAAACACUAUUUACUCAGCAUUUAUGGUCAACAGUGGUACGAGCAAUGCAUUGAAGACUUCUUGUGUUUAGUUAUCAAACCAGAAUACGUGGCGACGGUUGUGAUCGUGAUGCUUUUAAUCUGUGUUUGGUUUUCAUACAUAUGUAUGUACGCAUCAGUGGUGAAAAUCCGACAACAUUCCAAGUGACUUGUUGCGCAUGCUCACAUUUUCUGUGUUAAAUAUUACACAUCAUAUAUGCAAUCGUAUAUUCAGACUACAUAAACAAUUUCAUUUUCAAGAUUUUAUAAAGGGAUCGUUUAAAAAACUGCAACAAAUUUGCACCAAGUGUAAUAAAAAUCAACUUUGCGUUGUUGUUGAACAAGAGUGAAAGCUAAAUAUAACAUACAUAUAAGCAUAUUUUAAGAUAUUAAGAUUAUGCUAAAUAAAGGUGUGGGUUAAUAAUUUAUAUUCAGUUUGAAAUAAGAGUAAGCGGCGGAAAUACGGUAUAUGUUAUACAUACGUUAGUACAUAGUUUGGAAGCUGAAUAUUGGGUUUAUAAGGAAAAUAUUUUCUCGUAAACUAAUAAAUUAAUUUUUUUGGGCAUACAUUACGUAUGCAUGUAAUUGCGUUAAAAGUAUAGGAAUUAUUGUUAAUAUAUUGCUUAUAUAUUCAAACAUAUACAUACAUAUCGUUAUGUUCGGCAAUGGCAGCAGUGUGAAACGGCGCAAAGCAUUAAUAACUAAACCGAAAUCAAAAUAUGCUGCAGUGAGUACAAGUUCUGUAUACGUUAAUUCUUCAUCGGCUGCAACAACAACAACGGGAGCAACAUCUACUAAAAAUUCUAAAAUAAACGAUCCAUACAACGCGUCAAUGCUAGAGCCCACUUCUUUAAACAAAAGACUUCAACGCUACUCAUUAGGCGACAUACUCGCUGUUAUAAUGUGGAGAUCAAAAACAGCAAAACAAGCCAACGCUAGCAACAGUAGCACUCCCUGUCCCUCCUCCACCUUAGUUUUGCGCGGAACACCGUCAAAACUAUGUAAUAGGUCUAUUGCCUGUUGCCACGAUGUCAACUGCAGUCUGAAUGCCAUGAACGAACGUUUUGCAGUGUUUGCCAAUCAACAAGAAUACCAGCAAAAGAUACAGCGGGUAUCGAUAUCUUCAAAUGCCUCUGCAGUGUCUUCUGAUUCACGUUCGCAGAGCAGUAGACGCAGUCGGAGUUCUACUGCGACCAGUUUGAGGGAGAGCGUCACAAAAACUACUCCACCUAUCGAACAAACAAGAGCUUUGCGGGAUAGUUCGCCGGAUUCUGGUGUCGGAAUUGAAGCUAAUAAGGCAACAGUACCCACUGAAAUGCCUCCAGUGAAUAUCGCUCUACCUCCGCUGGGACGACACUUCACAGUACAUCUGCAACUGGACUUGUGUACUUGGCUAUUAUUCAUUCUAGCGUUAUGUACACGCUUCUAUAAGUUAUCAACACCACGCCACGUUGUCUUUGAUGAGAUACAUUACGGCAAGUACAUAUCCUACUACAUGCGUAACAUCUUUUUCUUCGACCAACAUCCACCCCUGGGUAAGCAACUCAUAGCUGCAGUUGCGCAUGUCGCCAACGGUUACGACGGUAAUUACACUUUUCCACAUAUUGGUGCGGAAUAUAGCGACAAUGUACCCGUCUUCUGGUUACGUUUUCUGCCAGCGUUAAGUGGGAGCGCUUUAGCUCCUGUCGUCUACAAGCUUCUUAUGGAGGCGCAGUGCUCCGUGUGGUCUGCUUUUCUGGGGGGCUUGCUUGUUAUUUUCGACAAUGCCUUAUUAACGCAAUCUCGCUUUAUAUUGAUGGAGUCCAUGCUCAUAUUCUUUACUACUUGUGGUCUCUAUUAUAUGUUAUGCUUUCAACGUAGUCGUUUCGGAAGUAUUAUUUGGCUACUGUUUGGACUCAUGGCUGCAACAUGUUUCACUUUCGCGGCUACUACAAAGUAUGUUGGAUUCUUAACUUACAGUAUGGCAGGAUAUAUAUCAUGCCAAUUCCUUUGGGACAAGCUAUACGAUGCCACACUAUCAAAUCUACAUAUAACGCUACAAACUCUUGCCCGCAUUUUUAUAUUUACCAUUGUGCCUGUGACCCUAUAUAUGGGAAUAUUCUAUAUCCAUUUGCAAGUGUUGUUUCGCGCUGGGCCGCAUGACAGUGCAAUGACAAGUGCCUUUCAAGCUUCUCUUGAUGGUGGUCUAGCAUCGAUUACUAAAGGCCAACCGCUCAAAGUUGUACAUGGUUCGCAGAUAACUCUACGACACACUCAUGGGCGUACUUGUUGGUUACAUUCGCAUACUCAUGUCUAUCCGGUCCGUUAUCCGGAUAAACGUGGUUCUUCACAUCAGCAACAGGUCACGUGCUAUUCAUUUAAAGACGUAAACAACUGGUGGAUCGUUAAGCGACCAGAAAGAGAAGAUUUGGUCGUUGGGGAUGAGUUGGAUGUUAUACGCCAUGGAGAUAUUAUUCAAUUGGUCCAUGGAAUCACAAGUCGUGGGCUUAACUCUCACGAUGUUGCUGCGCCAAUGACACCACAAUGUCAAGAAGUAUCAUGCUACAUUGAUUAUGAAAUCAAAAUGCGUGGUGAAUUACUAUGGCGCGUGGAGAUCUUAAAUCGCGAUACGGAAGGGCAUAUUUGGCAUGCUAUUAAGUCAGAGGUGCGACUUAUUCAUCAAACCACGGGUGCGGCAUUGCGUUUUAGUGGACGUCAACUUCCAGAUUGGGGUUUCAAUCAACACGAAGUGGUGGCAGAUCGAGCUGUGGAACAUAAAGACGCAAUUUGGAAUGUUGAAGAACAUCGUUACACAAAAACACAAGACCAUCGGGAACGUGAACGUCAACUACUUAAAGCUGAAAUGAUUCCCACGAAAAAAACAAAACUGAGUUUUCUUCAGAAAUUCUAUGAAUUGCAAACCAAAAUGCUUUGGAACACAAAAACGUUAACUGCUCACAUGUAUAGUUCAUCACCGUUGGAAUGGCCAUUGUUGGAUAAAGGCAUAGCUUAUUGGGUGGACUCUAAAACGAAUAGCCAGAUACAUUUGCUUGGUAACAUAAUUACUUGGUAUACUGGCACGGGAGCGCUUCUGUUAUAUAUAGUGCUAAAUAUAUUUUAUGUACUACGUCGACGUCGCCUCCAUUUCGAUAUCCCGGAAAGUGAAUGGAAACGAUUUCGCUAUGCUGGCGACAUAUUUUUAGUAGCUUAUUUAAUGCAUUAUUUACCGUAUUUCACGAUGGAUCGCGCGCUAUUUCUACACAAUUACCUUCCAGCUUUUAUAUUCAAACUUUUGCUUUUGUGUUACAUCAUAGAGCACAUCGAUUAUCUGCUACAACUGCAUUGUUCUACAAAAGAUAAAGACUCUGCAAAGAAAACUGUACGACCAAAGCUAAUCUGGUUAGUUCGGAGUUAUCGACUUGGCAUUAUAUUAUGGUUUGUGGCAGUUCUGUGGGUAUUUUUCAAGUUUUUACCACUUACAUACGGCAUAAAAAAGUUGUCCUCGGAUGAAGUAAUCAAUUUGCGAUGGAAAGAUACUUGGGACUUUAUAAUACAGAGAGAACAAAUAAUCAAAUAAGGAACAUUAUAAUUUUUACUAAUUUUAUUAUUUACUCGUAAGAUUUUAGACAUAUUGUAAACUCAUAUACAUUGCAUAUGUAUGUAUUCUAAGGGACUAGAACAUUGUUUUUACUUAAACACGCUAAAUGCAAGUUUUUAUAUUUAAAAUGCAGACUUUUACAUAAAACUCUUAAUCGUUUUAUGAAAAAUUAAGUUUGUGCAAAUUUUACCUUGUUUUAUAGACAAUUAAAUAAAAAUUUGAAAA